UGGAGCAAAGCGGUUGGCCAAUGGGACGCGAGUUUGGUUGAUAGCCCGUCGGCCCGGUCGGCCCGUCGUCGUUAGGCCAGUUAGGCCUCGCUGCAACCAUCGCAGGGUUGGGAUCGGGUUGCCAUCAUCGAUGAAUUUACCGGGCUUAUCAGAUUUUGAGCGCCGAAUUCUUAAAAGGAGUGCGGAUCUAGGCGUCGCGCCGUACGAGGACACUCCACGCAAGCGCCGCGACGCGUCUCUGCCUCCCUCCGCUCCGCCAGCCGCGGAAGACUCGUCUCCCGCAACUCCGCCACCGGAGCCACCUCGGCGAGUAGGAGAUACAAACUGGUGCGACUGCGGCCGCUGCACGGCCAUGCCUACAACUCGGGAGUGUUUUUGCUGCCGUGAGCUGCCACAAGCUGUUCGGAAGCAGCCGGCUGAGUGCAUCACGGUGCACACCGACUUCUUCAAGCUGUGCCUUGACGUCGCCGUCCUCGCCGUGGCGUACUGCGAGGUCCGCGAGAAGGGUCUCGAACAUUCCCACGAGCUCCACGAGAAGUAUCGCUUUGUGGCAUACCGGCAGUUCACCCGCUGGAUGUGGGGUCGACUGGGAGCUGGCAACAGACGAGUGCUGCCUGCGUGCGUUGUGGAGAAAAUAAGAAAAACCUUCCCCUCUCAACAAUACACUGGCUUCAAGUAUCCUCCUCUGGACUGCGCACCAGUGGAUUGCUGAGCCAGGAAGCCGUCCAGUACACCCCCGAUCCUCUGGUACAUGGAUCACAAAGUGUAGAGCAUUAUGUGGUACGGCUAGAGAGAGACCAGGGUGCAGCAACCUUGUGGCUGUACAGUGUACAGCCACAGAGUUGCUGCAGCUUGUGCUUUCUCUAGCUGUACUGCUUGGCACUACCCUUGAGAAAUGUUUGGCAGAACCCCAUUUAAACGGCCUUUAUCAAGGCCACUCAUCUGUAGUAUAUCGGAGCUGGCAACCAAGCAGAGCCUCCCUCCCGUGUCUCGUAAGCUUUAUAAAUUGACCAGCUGAGCUCAACACAGAUAGCCCAGCUGCGUGUAUGCGCCAGCAUCGAGCCACCCAAAAUGGUUGCAACAGGUAACUCUUGGCUUCUUUUUUUUUAUGCCCUGUAAAGAACAUAAGAACAUAGCCAGGAACAUGACAU